AUGUCUGCAUAUCCAUAUGAAUCGAUCGUGCCUAAUUAUUCUAAUUUAGCCAACGAAGACGGCUCUGUGGGGAGAUAUUCUUCCGAAGUUUCGCGUGCCGGUGGAAUUGAAGUUCCAAGUCAGCCGGGUCGAAGUUCCCUAUCGGAAGAUCCUCACUACUUGUUAGAAGCGGAUCGAAUGGCGCCGCGGAUGUUGACCGAGGUGCGGGGUGUGGACGAACCUCAAUGGGUAGGGGAACAGUCACAAGAUUUAGCGUAUAACUUUUUAAGGUUGGUUACUCUAGCUACUACCGAAGGUCGGCUGGAUGCUACUCCUCCAAUGGUAGGAUGA